AUGAAGGUUGUGCUUAGCAUUAUUACUUUCAUUCUCAUCACCUUUGCGAUUGCUGAUGGACACCAACACAAGUUCCACUAUCAUCGCAGGCACCUUCAUAAACCACAUCGUCAUCAGCCUAAUAAAUUCCUUCACAAGCAUGAAUACCAUCCACCUGUCAAAACCGCAACGAGACAUUGUGCUCAAAAUGUCCUUUGUCGACAAGAUUUCAUAUGGUGUCAAUCUGAAUGCAAAUGUAUUCCAAAGACUACAACCCCAACUACUACUCCGACGAUGCAUUGUGAUCCUAUCUAUUGUCCACAAGAUUGCAUGGUAAAUUAUGAAUGGAGUCAAUCUGAUUGCAAAUGCAUCCAGAAGGCCACAGCUGGGUCCCCAACAAUAAUCACAGCUCCAACCACAACUUCAACUAGACAUUGUGUUCAAAAUAUGAUGUGCAUGGUAAAUUAUGAAUGGAGUCAAUCUGAUUGCAAAUGCAUCCAGAAGACCACAGCCGGGUCCCCAACAAUAAUCACGGCUCCAACCACAACUUCAACUAGACAUUGUGUUCAAAAUAUGAUGUGCAUGGUGGAUCUCGUAUGGGAUCAAUCUGAAUGUAAAUGCGUUCAGAAGACCACACCAACCGACGCAGAUGCCGCUAGAGCCGAUUCACCUAUAGAAACACGCGAUUCAAGACCACUUCCGGAUAAAGGAGCGUAUGCUUCUAAUCUUGCUUAUCAAAAAUACUCAAUAAAUCCAGCCCAAUAA